UGCUUACAGCUUAUAUAGAAGAAACUGGGCGUUUAUCUGUUGCCAGCAAAGGCAGGAGGAAGACCAAUCAGGAAUCCCACCAGCGCUAUUGUUUCGGCUUUUGGCACGAGUUCAGCUAUGCAACUUUGUCGCACAGUUCCUCCCGGUUCGAUCAUCGAAGUAAUUGUUUCGAAAAACUUUGUAGAAAACAGCUCAACGCAGUGUCUGGACAUUUCGCCACGACGACGACGUUGUAUGCAGUCAAUCUUCAGCUUUUCCGUUUGUGGCUUUUUCUGUUAACAUCAUUUUCGUGUGUAACAAAGCGUUGACUGAUAUUUAUUUAUUCUCGGACCACUCUACGAUUGCAAAAAAUGUUCAAUCUAUUCUUUUUCAAGAAAGAUGGAUGGUUUUCGGGGCGACUCAAGGCCCGCAGUGCCCGACGGUUGGAAGAAGUGCGCGGGUUACGACCCACCAAAAAUAAUUUCAUUGGGAAGCCUCCUUCGGGCAAAGGUCAUCGCAUUCGGAUCACGGCCACGCGCUAUUUCUUCCACAAAGAGUCGCCAAAUCAUUUGCGCGGUAAAAUCACUAGAAGUACUGUCAAUCGCGAUCACUCACAUGACGCCGACGGCCCGACGUCAACGGGAUCGCUGGCGGAACUGAUAAUGAACGCUCCUCGGAUGGACGCAGUACGCCGCAAAAUGAAGUUCAGUUAGACACAAGUCGCCAGCGUAGUCCCAGGGACAAGAAUAAAGACAGCAAACGUAACGACAAGGUUGAAUUUGAAGAUGAAACUGGCCACGGAAAGUGUUUAUCGCGUUAACAAUUUUUAGACUCGACUCAAUAGCCCUCAUGGCUAAACAUAAAGGUAUUGCUCUGAUGCAUUUGGAUUCAUAUUAGUGCGAUGUCAUCCUGAUGAAGUAUCCCGUUAAUGUGUGCUGGUUUUGUAAGAAUUUUGCUUCUGGAUUAGUUUUGUGUUUUCCGUAAUAUGCUGAUAUUUUUUUACUUUUCGAUUUUUGCGAUGUUUGUUAAAUGCGGUUAGACAAACUGGUGCGCAACAAACCUUUAUUUUUUUUCGUAUACGCAGUGGCUGACACUUGACAAUCUCACAAAGAUGCGUCGCUUUUACCAUGCGUAUCUUGCAUACUUACGAUUGCUAGAAUUACUCGGGAUUCAUUCCCCUCUGUAUUAAGUCUGUUUUUCGGCGAUUUUGCAAUGCAUACCAGAUGAUUACGAAAAAAUGCC